UUUCGUUGUCCUCCAAUUCAACUUGCUCAAAUUCGCCGUCUCAAAUUCACCGUCUAAAAAUUCGCUGUCUCAAAUUCACCGUCUAAAAAUUCGCUGUAAAAAUGGCCAAGGUUACUUCAGGUCACAGACAGUAGCAAUGGGUGUCCAAUUCCAACAUCCACCUAAUCACGUGACACAACCGUCAUAUUGAAGAAGUACCAGUAUCACCCAGGCUGGCGACCAUGGAGGCGAACUCAAACCCAACGAGUAGUCGGGAUGCAAUAGUUGAAUCUGCAAGGCAUUUACUGAAUUUAUUAACUGAAAGACCACGGAGUGGAGGAAGAGGAGAGCUCACCAACCAGAAUGCCAGUCAUAGGGUACCUCAAACUGAACCAUCUGUCCAAAUGGAAAUGAGCAGAUCUUUUCCUGGACUUUACAACAGGGGAAGAGGAAAACGACGAUUUCCUCCAACAAACCUGGUCCCAGCGAAAAAGAUGAAACCUUUAGAUGUGGUUUUUUAUUUACUGGCAAAACAUUAUGAAAAAACACCAAAAGAAGAUGAUCAACUGAUACACAUGAAAGCGGGAUUGGGCCGGAAAACGGCUCACAUCGAUGAGAGCAUAACGCACAAUGAGCUGGGUGAAACGCUUAAAGUUCUUUUUCCAAAGCUGGGAACUAUUACAGGGGGUUGGCUGCUUUACAAAUCUGCAGGUGGAUGGGGAAAACGCAAUUUGACCUUGAUAAGUCCUGAAGAUGAUGGCUAUACCGGGACAAUGUUGAAGGGUGCGAGUCGCGGCGGAAAAACCCUGUUCAUAGUCCCUAUUCAAGAACAACUUUGCACGGAUCCUCUUGAGCUGAAUGACGAGGCAUUUGCAAACAUGCCAAAGGCCAUGUGUCAGAAAUGCCGAGUAGAUGUUCCCUUGCAUUUUUUGACUGACCACAUAAAGUCUUGUGUGGAAACAGAUUUGCCCUCUGAUGUGGCUGGUGUUGAUGUUUGUAACCCUGCAAAGGACAUAUCAGCAAUGCAAGAGUGUCCGGUGUGUGCAAAAAUGUUUCCUACUGAGGACAUAGAAGUACAUGCUUCUUCUUGUGGAGAAAUUAGUACAGGACCUCAUUCCACAGAAGAAGUGAAUGAAACAAUGCCUGGGCCAUCUACAUCAUAUUCUUCAGGCAGUGAUGACUGGUAUACCAUAAGCGAUGCUUCAAAGGCCAUUUCUCGCUGUGCAGACCAUUUCCUCCAAAUACAUGCAAUGGAGAACCCCUUGCUGUUGAAGAUGGACUUAAGAGACAGCCCUGCAGAAAAAGACAUGGCUCUGAUUUCUUUCUAUAAGCGGCCAAAUGUGCAAUGGGCAUGCCCCCUUAAUUGUAGGCUUGAAGGUAAAGUAAUUAAAAGUUACAAGUUUUACACAUGUUUGCAUUUCAAAUUAUGUUUGACCUGUCAAACCAUUUACCUUGCAGGAGAUGUGGCUGUGGGACUAGGUGUAAACCGCUUUUUCUUUUCAACCGUACUGGAAAAAUUGAAGUCAGGUUUCUCUAUAAACUUUGGAAACUCCAUUGUUACACGACUUUUCGAAGGAGAACCUGGCCACUGGGUCCCAUCAGCCUCUCACUUUCUUGUUGAAAGUGACAUGUUUUUAGUGGCUGGCAGAAUGAUAGGCCACUCUUUCCUUCAUGGAGGACCACGCCUGUCAGGACUUAGUCCUGCUGUUAUUCAUGUUCUACUUGGCGGCAGUCCAGAAACAGCAACUGUCACCCUGGAGGACUGCCCAGACCUAGACAUCAGGGAAACCAUCAGUACUCUCGAGGGAGAAUCCAGGCUCUCUGAUACUCAAAUGGAAAGAGUACAGAGCUUGGCAUAUUCAUGGGACCUUCCUUGCCCAUCAGAGAACAAUAGGAAGUGGCUUUUUGAGAAGCUGUUACUCCAUGCAGUUCUUGGACGCGUUGCAAGACAAAUAAAGCAACUUAGACGAGGUUUGAAAGAAACCCCAAUAUGGUCCCUGGUAACUCGGCGACCUGAUGCUGUACCCCUGCUUUUUCCAAGGGAGGAAGCGUCCCUGUGUCCAGAGGUGGUACUUCAGCAUAUCACUUGGCCAGAAAUGGAUGCUGAAAGUGAUGAAGAUGAUGACUGCUCAAAGGAAACCAGAUGCCGCAUUUCAGGAUAUCUGAAACAGUUCAUUGCAAAUGGUAAUGUUACCAGUGUCUGAUUGGAGAUUUUCAGAUUACUUUUCAAUGAAGCAUCCCUGUAGAAUUUUUUUCUUAGUUGCUUGCAGUGGUACCUCACAAUUCAGUAUUAAUCUUAGCUCAAAAUUCUAACAGUUGAAUUGCAUGCAUGUUUGUGUGUUCUCUCUGUGUAGUGUAGC